AUGUCCAAGCUGUCGCCAUCCCUCAAGGCGCUCAUCAACGCGCCCUUCUCGCGCCCGGGGCCCCUCCCAGCCCCAGCCCACGCAAAGGAGCUCUUCCAGUCCAUCGCCCAGGACGCCUCCAAGAAGAACCUCAGCCCCAGGUCGUGGCUAGCAAUCUCUACCGCAACGACCUUCUCGCUCAACGCCCCCGAUGCGCUUCCCAUCCUCCACGGCGUCGCCUCGGCGCAGCAGCCCAAGAGCGACGUGCGAGCGGCCGAGUUCAUGAGAGAGGUCGGCCUCAAGUGCAUCAGCUUCAACGGCAUCCCCCGCUCAAUCAACUGCCUCAACGCCUUCCACGCUUCCCUCCCAAAGUCCCUCACCGCGCAGCUGGCCACGACGCCGAGCCGGCAGUCCACCCCCGAAAACGUCAAAGACGGUCUCGCCCGCGGCAGGCGUCUCUGGGACUCGGUGUACCAGCCCUUCGAGGACAAGCUCUACGAGAAGCUAGGCCUCGCGCACCCGGACCUGCCGGUCUUCAUCCUGAACCACAACUACGCCGGCCUGCUCUCCGACCCGCCGCAGUCGGAACGGGGGAACCUCGCCAGCGUCGGCAGGGUGCACACCUCGCUGGUCGCCAUCUCGUGCCUGAGGGCGCAGACGGGCGUGGGGCCCCAGGUGCUGUCGCACGUCUUUGGGCUCCGGAAGACGCUCGACGACGGCUCGUUCAAGGCGGACCCCGAGGGAGAGAGCGAGGAUGCGGUGAGGUGGCUCGCGACGGAUGAGGGAGGCGAAUGGAUCCUCAAGACCAUCGACAGCAUUGUCGAGGCCAUGGGCGGGUCGAACUUCGCCGCGGCACGGGAAGCCAAGCUGUAA